AACAAGCAUUACUAUUUACAUAGGGUACGUUGGCGUGAUAUAAUUUCAGGGCUGGUUCGGUUAAUGAUUUGAAUCACGUACGCGAAGGUGAUUUUAGGGAAUUACAUUUUUCAAGAUAAUUUUAGUUUAUUGCGCCAGUCGAACAUUGCGGGUACUGAAGAAUGUCUGAGGCGCUGAAUUCAUCGGCGGAUCCAAACUUCGAUUUUUAUCUAUCGACUAUUCAAGACAAAGGCUACUGGUUGACUUUAGCAUUCGUUGGAUUCAUUUUGGCCUUCGCCAUUAUCAUAGGAAACUCACUUCUUCUCUUCAUAACUUACGAGGAUUCUCGAAAAACGCUUCGUAUUCCGCCAUGUUUGUUGAUCGCCAGUUUGAGCGCUUCUGACUUACUUCUGGGACUAUUCAACGUUUCUCUCGUGGCGGUGAGAGAUGUGUAUCGUUAUAAACAAGUGCCUAUGCCUUUCUUUGGAUUAUUUAGAGGAAUAAUUUAUACUGUUCUCACAACAACAUUGUUCGUCAGCUGUAACUCAAUAGUAGCGUUGUCAACAACUUGCUUGGUGGCGAUAAGUAAGCCAAUGGAAUAUAAAACGAUCAUUACUAAGAAAAGAGUCAAGAUAUUUAUCGCUGUUUUAUGGGUAAUUUCUUUGUUCACCUGUAUUCUACCUGUGACUAGCGUGUCCGAGGAAACAUAUACGAUGAUUUAUCUUCACACGCACGCUACUGUACCGGCCAUUUUGUUGACUGUGAUUUACGCUAACGUGUUUCGCGCUCUCGCGCGGAGAACACGCGAAGUUCAACGAGAAGGUUACGACUCGAUUGUUAGUAACGCACUGGAACGUGAGAAAAAAAUGGUCAAUGCCAUUGUCAUAAUUCUUGCGUUGUUUUACAUCACGUACACGCCUCAGUACAUAACUCUUCAUCUAUUGUACUUUUGCGAAUCAUGCAAGAAAUCGUUAACUUUCCACAUGAUCGAUGUAGCCUUGUCUAGAUUUUUGUACAUUAAUUCCGCUAUCAAUCCCUUUGUGUACGCUUGGAGACUGCCGACUUAUCGCCAGGCCUUUCAAGAUUGCUGGAAGAUGUACCUUGGCAAACUUAGAAUCACUUCACCUAAAUCAAUCCCUAUUCCACUGCGUCAAAGGCCGAAUGGAACGUUUUUGGAUGGCAGGAGCAGAGCGCAAAGUCAGCUAACUAUAACUGAAUCAUCCAACCUUUAAAUUAUUCUGUAAAAGUAAAGAGAAAGAAAAGUUAAGCAAGCGUUACUAAAUAAACAAGUGAGAGAGCGCUUUCUGGACUGGAC